AUGAAUGACAGGUACACGGCGUCAACGUCGGUUUUCACUGACGGGUCAUCUACUCGGGAUGACUCGUCCUCGGAAUCUGUCAUUCCAUCUCAGUUAGUCUCCUGUGGUCACCAUUUUUCACACAAAACAUCGUCUGCGUGUGCCGAGCUCUACGCCAUUCUCUUUGGUAUGCAAAAAGUAUCAGUCAGCCCAGCUCAGUCCUGGGUUGUCUUUACAGACUCAGGACGAGCGCUCCAGUGUAUGGCCAACUUGGGGAUACGUGGGUCCCUGAGUCCUGUUGUCUUUGACAUCCUGGAAGUCUACAAGAAGGCGGCCGUUGCAGGGUACACUGUCGCAUUGCAGUGGAUCCCCGGGCAUGUCGGCAUCAGCGGCAGUGAAGAAGCAGACAGAGCCGCCUUGAGCGCCCAUCAGCACGCAGCUUUUUCCCCGAUAAUGAUGCCUUCGGGCGACCGAAGAUACGUCCUUUCGACACUCGCCAGCCCCAAGAUGCAAGCUCAGUGGCAACACGACAUAGCUCACUCCCUUCUGUCGGAUCUAGACCCGACACUUUCUCCCGUACUUCCUCCGCAACUACCGCGCCCCUUUACUCCACUCUUCCACCGUAUGAGGCUCACCGUUGUCUUUACACCUGUCUUUCAACACCGCCUCGGCUCCACCUCUUCUUUCCUCUGCCCCACUUGUGGAGUGCGCGGCGACCUCUGCCACGUCAUCCUGGCUUGUGGGAAAUACCACCACGAGCGUGCACUGAUGGAAGUUGCUAUGCAACGUACAGACAAGCGGCCGUUCAACCUCGCGAAGAUCCUCGAACCGUGGUCGAACGCUGCAGACCAGAUGCAAGGCCCUCGUCUUCUUGCGGAGUACUUGUGUUCCACUGGUCUGGUGAUGGCUGUCUGA